AUGUCUGCUACUGAGAUUAAAGAGGACUAUAACCUGCAAGAGGCGUGGGACCGGGCGUUCAAAUCUCGAUCAGGAGGAAAUCGAUCUGACACGAUCGUGAGAAAGAUGGAUCUCCUGAAUGAAACACUUAGUGACGAUGAGAUCUCCGACCUGAAUACUCUCCUCACCUGGGUCGUCUUUGCCAAACGCUCCCUCAGCCUGCAGGAGCUAGAGUCAGUCCUUUUUCUUAAGACUCGGGAGUCUUCUCUUCGACCACUAGCGGAGAAGAUCACGAACCAGUACUCCUCGCUGUUUCGCAUCCUGGGCGAACCACAUCCCGUCACCAAAGUCACCCCGCCAACGUCACAGGUGGUGCUAGUCUCUGACUCCAUCGAGGAAUUUUUACGAACAGAGUUGAAAUCACACGACUCCGAAGAUGCCCAAAACUUGAAUCUUACUGAAGAUAUCAAUGAGGUUGAGGUAAGGGUUGUCCGGCGAGGUCUGGAGUCCGUUUGCGACCCGAAGUUAUUCAAUAAAUUCGGGUCUGAUGAUUUCUUCCAGCGGAAACUCAAAGGGAAGACUGCUCGCAUUGGAGUGGAUGUUGAAACAGCGGAUCUGAGAAUCGUGGCAGAUUGCUUAGAGAUCAUCUGCUCUAGCAAAUCGCCAGAUUCAGCUCCGUUGCUCGAUUAUGCUAUCGCCUGCUUCGCUGACCAUCUUAUGGAUGCCGAUCCCUCUCUGACACAACCACAACACAAAAGGGCACUCGGUCCUCCGUUAGUGCAACUCUUUGCAGACGAAGCUACUAUUAGGCAGUGGUGGACCACGGAAAACUCCUGGCUUCGGGCAAUGUGGAUCUUCGACGAUGAAUAUACCGACGUCAUAUUGAGAUGGUUCCAAGACUCUGCCUUCACGAAGAAUCUUUCGAGUGAUCAAAACAAGUGGGUGAGAAGUCUGAGUUCCAAGUCUGAGCCUGAUGCAGAUCUUCUCGAACACAUCGCUCGGUUCUUGGGGCGCAGAUGGUUACAGGAAGGCACGGAUGGCAUUAUUUACGUUUUCGCUGCGAUACACGGGUAUCUCACAAAGAUUGAGAGCCGAAAUAAUUCUAGCGUCAAUCGAUUCAAUAUCGAUUCAGAGAUGAAGGACAUCGAAACCAGUCGGAUUUUCGACGCUGCGCAAUGGGUACAACGCCAGAUUGGAUUGGAUAGAUUGGGCUAUGAAGAGACUCGUAACCUGGCACGCACGCUCCGAGAACUUGGCAGACACCCCCAAGCCAUUGAACAAUUCAAGCUCGCGUCCUCACUCCAGAGUGUCAACUGGCUCUCGCAAUGGGGGCUAGCAGACUGCUAUGCCUCCCAAAAGGAGUACAAGAUGGCAAUCGAAAUUUUGGAGUCGACGGCAAAGUCAAUUGAGUCCGGCGAAAUAGCAGACGCUGAUGAUGCUAAAGAAGAGCUCUCUUGGAUAUCGCGCGAUCUCGCUGAAUGGAACAAGGAGGCUGGUAAUACCGAUCAAACGUGCGCAAUUUACAAGAGCAUACUUCAGGACCGGCCAGAUGACUACGAAGUGACGCUUUCGUUGAUGAUGUUCUUCCACGAGAACAGUGACUAUCAAGGUCUACUUGAGUUCCUACAAUCGCGCAAGGACUCGACAGAUAAGACGACUGGACUAGAUCAUCGCACGGAAGCGUUCCAUGCUAACUACGACAAGGAGAAUUACCAUGAAGCUCUCUUUGCGCUAGCUUACAAUACCGAAAGUUUCGAAAUCAUUCUCGAAAGUUACAAUAUAGCGGUCAAUGCUGCAAAGAAGCGAUACAAAGAAGGCAGAAAGGCUGGCGAUAUCGCCGAGGAGGAGUUUGGGAGGGUCUGUCAGGCCCUACUCAUGCACAGGGUUGCGCUUCUAUGCUAUAACAACACCACCAACAUCGCAGAGCACAGGGAGUUUGCCAUCCACCAAUGGGUACUUAUUCUGCAGAUGGAUGAGCCCAGUGCAUCGUAUCUUCCAACUGUGAAAUCGACGGUUCGCAAUAAGCUGUCGAUUGUCUGUUUCCAGGAAGCUCGACGCGAUCCGGUUACUGCCGCGCAGUAUCUGGAGCAUCUCGAGCAGAUGGCGUCUUUGAGAAAGAACAAUUAUAGGGAAGAGGCAUAUGAGGAGACGUACCCAAUGCGGCUCAUUUCCCGAUGGCAUGUGCUGCAGGGCGACGAGCAGAAGGCCAAGGAGGCUUUGCGGGGUCCCGUCAAGGUUUACCUUGACCUUCUUUCAGACGAGGAUCCGCUCAAUGACUGGCAGGGCUAUCAUGGGUUGGCAAUGCAUCUGAUGUUUGCAGGUCAGGAUGCCGACGCCCUCGCCGCAUGGUCUUUAAUUGCUCCACUCGACGACAUGGGGACCGUGGGGACUGAGGAUAAUUCUUCAGAAACAGAUGGCAAGCCAGCUGGGCUUCAAGGCCCAAUGGAUGACAGAUGUGAUGGGCGUUGUAGAACCAGGUGGACGUUCGCAGACAAUAUCUACGUGUGUAGAGACUGCGACUAUGUUGAGUUUGAUGAAGGUUGCUUGAAAAAGCUCCGAGAAGGAACCUCAGCCCCUGGGAUUUGUGGAAAGAACCAUGAGAUGCUGCAUGUUCCAUCGUAUGAUGCAACCGAGCGCGAGAAGAUCGGCGCGGGCAAUGUAAAGGUUGGAGAGCAUGUUCUUCCAGUUGAAGAAUGGCUUCAGCGGCUUAAGGCAGAAUGGGCGAUCAGAUCAGCAUAA